AUGACGUCUGAGGCGCUCGACCCUGUAGACCUGUUCUUGGCGUACUCGUUCUCGGAGGAUGCGGUGUACCAGCAAGGUGUAGAGAGCAUAGUGGCUUCGGGGGCAUUUGAGGGGAAAUUGGAGGAAGAGAGGGCCAUGCUCGUGCGCAGCUCGCAGGUUUUCUACUUCAAUCGCGCUGCUGGCUCGUCUAUCACGGUGGACGAUGUAGUCCAGCGCGAACGGCAGCGCCGUCCUACGACGAACGUUGUCAAUGGCAAUGCGCCUCCCACCGAUCUCGCCGCGGAGCCAUCACAGCAGUCGCUUGCGCCCGAGGAUGAACCGCGCACUCUCAGCUUCGCCGAGCUCAAAGCACUCAUCGAGCAAGGCAAGACAGACCAGAUACCAAAUAAUCGGCAAAUACCCGACGAACUCAACCAAGCGCCACCUAGCCAAUCGACUGCUAGUGUGCUCAAGAAGCCUUGGGAAACCAGACAGUAG